AUGCGAACAUUCGGGUGUCAGACAUACAUACUGACGCCUAAAGAGAAUCGACUCAAGUGGGAUCCAAAGGCUCGCGCUGGCAUAUUCGUGGGCUACGAAGAAGUUUCGAAGGCAUAUCGUGUUUAUGACAUCGAGGCGGGGCAGGUGGUUAUCAGCCGCGAUGUCAACUUCGACGAGUCCACCUUUGGACUUCAACUGCCGAUCACUGAUGAAGAUGUCGAUGACCUGGACUUCGAAUUGCUGGAUCUUGAUGAAGAAGAGUGUUGA